GUGCCUGAACAAUGCCAACGACUUUUCGAUCGUUCACCAGUCACGGGACUCUCGUUGGGUGGAAGAGAUGAGGAUUGAGUAUGAAGAGCAUAAGCAGAGGAAUUGUUAGUUCGUUCCCCAUGUCAGGUUGAAAUCACAGAGGGCCAAUUAUUCACCGAUCUAUUUCUAUGUUUGGCCCCAAUCGCGUCGUCAUCUCUUAGUCGGUCGGGUCGCUCACCGGCCGUCUUCUGCCGGUCGAGUGAUGAAGAGCUGUAGGGACGAGGCAGACAUAUAAGGAGAAGGUUAGGGCAGCAACAUCGCGCAGUCUAAUUCUCGCUCCUCUUUCAUCUAGCGCAAGCAACAUGUCUAUCAUCCCCCCCUCCUCCCCCGGGAGUGACCAUUCUUUCCCCACUAGCUCUGGAGAUAAACCUGAGAAGUUCCAGCAAGUUGAUCAUCUUGAAGAUGUCGACGUCGAGGAUAGUCGGGGACAAGACAUCCGUAACAGACACCGCAAUGUCAGCGCCAAAAUUCAAAACCCCCUAUAUGGCCUCUCAAAGACCAAACUCUUCAGUAUGGCUGAUCAGUUCAGCUCCGACAAUGGCUUCGAAGACAAGCAAGACCUUUUCAGGCGCGCAGCUCUUUUGUCCCAGCGACCUAAUGAGGCUGAAGAUAUCCCAGAACUUACCGAAGAAGACAAGCAUUGGGUUAGGAGGGAAAAGACAAACCGCUGGGAUCAGACUCGCUCCCUUUACUUCCUUGUCAUCGUUUGCAGUAUCGGAAGUGCUAUCCAAGGAUGGGACAAUACGGGAGCCAAUGGUGCAAACCUCUCUUUCCCGACCGAGUUUGGAAUUGCAGACAACACAUGGCUGGUUGGGAUGGUUAACUCUGCCCCCUCUAUCACUGUUGGUGCUGUAUCUGCCAUGCUCACUGACCCAAUCAACUACUACAUCGGCCGUCGUGGUACUAUUUUUGUGACCGGUCUCUUCUGUGUCUUCCCCGUACUCUGUCAAGCUUUCACGAGGAACUGGUGGGAAUUGUUUAUCUGUCGAAUACUCCUUGGUGUGGGUAUGGGUAUGAAGAUUACCACAAUCCCAAUCAUGACGGCAGAAACUGCUCCGGCGUCCAUCAGAGGUGCUCUGGUUAUGUCUUUCCAACUCUGGGUUGCCUUUGGUAUCUUUUUCGGUUUCUGCUCCAACCUAAUGUUCUACCAAAUCGGUCGUAUAGCUUGGCGAGUCCAGCUAGCUGCUGCCUUUGUUCCUGCGGUGCCCCUUCUCGCUCUGAUCUGGUUCGUACCUGAAUCUCCUCGAUGGUUGAUGAAGAAGAUGAGGUACCGGGAAGCUUUUGCUUCUUUCUGCAGGCUUAGGAAGUCUGAGAUCCAAGCGGCUCGAGACAUGUUCUAUGCCCAUUGUCAACUUGAAGAAGAGCGUGAGGCCUUCAAAGGUACCACGUACUUUUCACGCUUCAAGGACUUAUUUGUCCAGCCCCGUUUGAGGAGGGCAAACUUGGCUAGUUGGGUUGUGAUGAUUUCUCAACAGCUUUGUGGAAUCAACAUUAUGUCUUUCUAUUCGUCCACCAUCUUCUCAGAGGCUGGCUAUGACACCCGUCAAUGUCUGCUGGCAUCUUUUGGUUUCGGCUUGGUCAAUACCGUCUUCGCUUUCCCUGCUAUCUGGACUAUUGACACUUUUGGCCGACGUAACCUUCUUCUCACCACCUUCCCAUGUAUGGCUCUUAUGCUUUUCUGGGCUGGAUCUAUGUUCUUCAUGGACGAAUCUAACUCUGCUCGAGUACCUAUCCUCGCUCUAGCGAUCUAUCUUUUCACCGCUUUCUACUCCCCCGGCAUGGGCCCAGUACCAUUUGUCUACGCUGCUGAGGCUCAGCCUCUCACGCAUCGAGAAAUUGGUAUGAGUUGGGCUGUGCAACAGAACAACAUGUGGGCAGCGGUGCUUGGUUUGACAUUCCCGAGUAUGUUGGUGGCGAUGAAGCCUUGGGGAGCAUUCUACUUCUACGCGGGUACCAAUCUUCUCGCUUGGGUCCUAAUCUUUUUCUUUACCCCUGAGACUGCUCAGCGAACUCUUGAGGAACUGGAUUACGUCUUUGCUGUUCCUGUCCCAGUCUUUGCAAAGUACCAAGCGACAAGGUGGCUCCCUUGGGUUAUCAAGCGGUACAUUUUCUUCCGCAAAGGAGCUCGCCUUGAGCCACUGUACAAGCUUGAAGGUGUUGCGACUGAGGGGACAGUGGUGGAAAGGUUCCACUAGAUUACAAGGGCGCUUUAGCUCAACACGGAUCUGUUCGGAGGAAAGGUGAGGUGGGCGAUAUUCGUUAUCUGUUCUAAUAGUGUUUCUCCUUUUGAAUGGCGUGCUUCUAGUAUUUCCAGGUUCAAAUUGUAUCGAAGUAGAAUAAAGGUGUAACUCUCAUGUAUUGCGA